AUGACUUUGUCUUGUUUCCCUCCAGAGCGUCCCCAGCGCCACAGUGGUGACCAGAAGACGACUUCCAGUCUGGAGCAGGAGGAACAUGAAACUCCACACAUUAAAGAGAAGGAGGAUCCUGUGGAGGUGACUGCGACUGAUGGUGGUGGUGACGGUGACAAAUCCCACCACUCUGAGAGAGACUUGACCACCCGGCAGCUAACUGCUGCUGCCGUGGAAAUCUUCAGCGAGCUCGAACACACCAUGGCCCGAUAUGAAGAGGAAAUUGGUCGUCAGCGCAGACAACUGGAAAUCAUCUUGAACCCUCAAAUCAAGCUGCACAGAACAGCAUGUGGGAAAAGUUUCAGUAAACGGAGUUAUUUGGUGGUCCACAUGAGAACUCACACAGGUUGGAAGCCACAUCGUUGUGAAACAUGUGGGAAAAGUUUCAGGACACGGACUCAUUUGUCGACCCACAUGAGAACUCACACAGGUGAGAAGCCGCAUCCUUGUGAAACAUGUGGGAAACGUUUCAGUCAACAGGGUAGUUUGUCGGUCCACAUGAGAACUCACACAGGUGAGAAGCCGCAUCAUUGUGAAACAUGUGGGAAACGUUUCAGUCAACUGGGUAGUUUGUCGAUCCACAUGAGAACUCACACAGGUGAGAAGCCGCAUCAUUGUGAAACAUGUGGGAAAAGUUUCAGGACACUGACUCAUUUGUCGGCCCACAUUAGAACUCACACAGGUGAGAAGCCGCAUCCUUGUGAAACAUGUGGGAAAAGUUUCAGUCAUCUGCGUAUUUUGUGGACCCACAUGAGAACUCACACAGGUGAGAAGCCGCACGCUUGUAAAAUAUGUGGGAAAAGUUUCAGCCGACGGUCUACUUUGUUGGUCCACAUGAGAACUCACACAGGUGAAAAGCCACAUCCUUGUGAAACAUGUGGAAAAAGUUUCAGAACACAGAGUAAUUUGUUGGUCCACAAGAGAGCUCACACAGAUUGGAAGCCACAUCUUUGUGAAACAUGUGGGAAAAGUUUCAGUGCACGGUGUAGUUUGAUGGUUCACUUAAGAAGUCACACAGGUGAGAAGCCGCAUCUUUGUGAAACAUGUGGAAAAGGUUUCAGUACACGGAGUCAUUUGUCAUCUCAUAUUAGAACUCACACAGGUGAGAAGCCACAUCAUUGUGAAACAUGUGGGAAAAGUUUCAAUACACAGAGUAAUUUGUUGGUCCACAAGAGAAUUCACACUGGUGAGAAGCCAUAUCAUUGUGAAACAUGUGGGAGCAGAUUCACUCAUCGUAAAUCAUUUCUGCGCCACCUGAAAAGCCACAUGGAGAUGAGUUCAUGA